CCUCCUGGGGUAGUUUUGAAGGAGCAUCCAUGUUGAGGAGUUAUACUAACCGUCUUCCCUCUUUCGCUUGCGAGAGCCAGGUUCAACGGCGGCGAUUUGCUCGACAUCUUGAGGGUGAUUAUAAGCAAAGUUAUGUGUCAGAAAUGGAAAGCGAAAGCGAGCAGCGUCAGAUAAAUGAGGCAGAACGGAUGGCAAACAUAUUUGCUGCACCCAAAUCCAAUUCCUCAUAG